AUGGCCCCCGUCUCCACCGCCACGGAUGACUCCCACCAAAAACUCCUUGACCAGCUCGAUAUGGGCCGCUUCCCACGCCCUUUCCGCAACCCGCACUGGAAACCCUCCGCUCGCCGCAACAAAAAUGUAAAGCAAAUCCUCUCUGAAACAUCGCGCAAGGAAGCCUCCGUUCUUGCCAGCCAGAACAAUUCCGGCGCCUCCACCCCAUUCGCCCCCGUGUCUAGCACUCCCGUCACCGCAACCCCUGCAACGGAGAAUGGAACCGGUGACGGCACCCCCAUGACACCAGCCGCUGGAACAGGUGCAGGCGCGGCCUCGCGACCACCCAACAUCGCCCAGGCGGCCCAGAGCCUCUCAACCCUGGUGCUGGAGAAGAACUUCCGCUCUCUAGCCCAAAUGGGAAGUGGAAUGGCAAAUGGGAUGGGUCCAGCAGUAACUUACACGAACAUCGAAUCUGCGCCUUCUUUGCACCCAUCUUCGCAGAAGCGAUACUGCGAUAUCACAGGCUUGCCCGCACCAUAUACGGAUCCUAAGACGCGGCUGCGAUAUCAUGAUAAAGAGGUGUUUGCGGUUGUGAGGACGUUGGGACAGGGGGUUGCGGAGAGUUAUCUGGAGGUUCGCGGGGCGCAUGUUGUGUUGAAGUAG